UACCGUAGUGCUCUCUGCACAUCAUCCAUCACCCACAUCUCAACGAAAAAUGGUUUAAUAAGUCUGUCAACCUUAUCCAAAAACCAGUAAACCAACCAACCACCCCCCCCCCACCUUCUGCUUCUGACUGCUUCUCCUCCACUUCUGUGUACAUAAAUAGAGAAAGAACAACUGUGUUCCACAAUCCACUCUGAAAUCUAGCUACUGUUGGAGUAAAAGAAGAAGAAUGGCGGAUAUCGCUCUUUUGAUUGUGGAGGAUUACGAGAGUAGAAAGACCAGAAGCGUUAAAAAAGAAGGGAAGUAAUUCGUCAAGUAGUUCAUUAAUUAAGUUGCUCAACCUCACAAGACAAUGGCGAGAAAAACCAGUAGCUGUGCUAUAUGCGAGAACCCAAAUCUCGCUUCUAUAUGUGCUACCUGCGUCAAUUACAGAUUAAAUGAGUACAACACAUCCUUGAGAUCACUGAAGAGUGUUCGGGAUUCCCUGUAUUUGAGAUUGAGUGCGGAGCUCAUUGCAAAGGGAAAAGCUGAUGAUCAACGCAGCUGGAGAGUGCUUCAGGAAGAGAAAUUGACAAGGUUGAGGGAGAAGCUCCAUCUUACAGAGAAACAACUCAUGCAAGGGAAAGCUAAGCUCGAAAAGAUGUCUAAUGACUUAAAAGUUAGAUAUGGGAUGGUUGAAUCAGCUCUUAGUACAUUGGAGAAGAACCGUACAGAGCAGCUAGAAAAGUUCUACCCAAAUCUUAUCUGCACUCAAAGCUUGGGGCAUAUGGCCAUUACCUCUGAACGUCUCCAUAAACAAUCAGUGGUUAUAAAACAAAUCUGCAAAUUGUUCCCACAACGACGGGUGAACAUAGAUGGAGAGAAAAAAGAUGGAUCCAGUGGUCAGUAUGAUACAAUAUGUAAUGCGCGAUUACCACGUGGGCUAGAUCCACAUUCUGUUCCAUCUGAAGAGCUUGCUGCCUCCAUGGGAUAUAUGAUGCAACUUCUAAAUCUUGUUGUCCAUAACCUGGCUGCUCCUGCACUUCAUAACUCAGGUUUUGCGGGUUCAUGCUCACGUAUUUGGCAACGGAAUUCAUUCUGGGAUGCCGGGCCAUCUUCUCGGAGCAAUGAGUAUCCGCUUUUUAUCCCACGCCAGAAUCUUUGCUCCACUAGUGGAGAAAAUUCAUGGUCAGAUAGAAGCUCAAGUAAUUUUGGGGUUGCUUCACUGGAGUCGGUAAAAAAGUCCCAUCUGGAUGCUGCUGGAAGUUGUAGUUUUAACUAUUCAUCUUCAUCUCCACAUUCAAUUGAAUCUCACAAAGACCUGCAGAAAGGGAUAUCACUUCUCAAGAAAAGUGUGGCAUGCAUUACAGCAUACUGUUACAAUUCAUUGUGUUUGGAUGUCCCCUCUGAGGCAUCCACUUUUGAAGCAUUUGCAAAGUUGUUGGCCACACUUUCUUCUUCUAAGGAAGUUCGAUCUGUUUUCUCCUUGAAAAUGGCAUGUUCAAGAUCAGGCAAGCAAGUUCAACAGUUGAACAAAUCUGUAUGGCAUGUUAAUUCAACCAUUUCAUCGAGCAGUUUAUUGGACAGCGCUCAUUCAACACCUAUAAUGCGGAACAAUUUUGAGAAUAACCUUUCCAAUUCUGCUGCUAGUUUUCUUUAUACCACCGAGAUUUCUGAUGCUAGAAGGCCAGAAAGCCUUGCUGAUGGGUGGGAUAUAGUGGAGCAUCCCACUUUUCCACCUCCACCAUCACAAACAGAGGACAUAGAGCAUUGGACUCGAGCCAUGUUUACUGAUGCAACAAAGAGAUGAUGGUGCUAUAUUACUUUGAAUUAUGUACUUUGAAGACUGGAAAGUAUAAGAAAGAUUACCUACACCAGAUAUAUGAUGUAUCUGUGUAAAGUUUUUUACUUGGAUCAGAUCUGGCUGGAAAUAUUUCUUACCUGUAAAUAGAUAAUGGCAGAAAUGUGAAUAGAGAUGGGCUUUUGGUUUUAUCAAUUUCCAUAUAGUUCUAUCUCCCAUGUGGUUGAUUGGUUGAUCGUUGAGGGGAGUUACCCUGUAUAUUUUUUCUUAGUUCUCCUUGGAUUAAUGAACAGAAUCUGAUGGAUAUCCAUUAGACUUUGUUAUUUGAAAUAAGGUACUUUUUUUUUUCCAA